AUGGCUGACCCCACCGAUCUGAAUCUCGAUGCGCCGAGCGAUCUUCAGGACAUCCCGGAGAUGUCCAUGCAACUGGCUGCCCCUCCGGAAGGGACGUAUCCUGACAAGGCAUCUCUUCUGGCGGCAGUCCAGACACAUGGCAAAGCACAUGGCUACAAUGUUGUUGUCAAGUCAUCCAGUACCCCUACCGAAAAGAAACCAGGCCGCACGGCAAAGGUGUGGCUUCGAUGCGAUCGGGGUGGGCAUUAUCGUCCUCGGAACGGACUGACGGAAGAGACGCGAAAACGGCGGCGAACGUCCCGGCUGAUGGACUGCCCGUUCAUGCUAGUUGCAGCAGGAACUCCUGGCAUUUGGACGUUGACCGUGUUGAACCCGACGCACAACCACGGCCCGGUGAUCGAGAAGCCGCGACAGGUUCCUCACCAUAAGGUCCGGAAGGGUCAGAUUGCUGCCGUGCCCUAUGACUGGCCGCACGAUGCCACUUUAACGCCGUAUACGACUGCGUUGGUGAUUGUGGACAUGCAGAAGGAUUUCUGCUCGCCGGGUGGAUACCUGGAAUACCAAGGCUACGACAUCUCGGCCACUCAGGCACUUAUCAUCAAACUUCAGCAUCUUUUAUCAAUAUUUCGUGCGUCUGGGUUUCCGGUCUACCACACUCGCGAGGGCCACCGACCCGAUCUGUCCACGCUUUCUAGCCGAGAAGCCUACCGAUCACGAAAUAAUGCUUCCGGCCUGGGGAUCGGCUCGCCCGGCCCUCUCGGACGUCUUCUCAUCCGGGGAGAAGUUGGCCACGACACCGUCGACGAAUUGUAUCCGAUCCCCGGGGAACCGGUCAUCGACAAACCGGGACGAGGCGCAUUCGCGCACACCGACUUUGAACUGCUGCUGCGAAACAAAGGCAUCAAGAACCUGGUCAUUGUUGGCGUCAGUACGGAUGUGUGUGUUUCCACUACGAUGCGAGAAGCGAAUGACCGCGGCUUCGACUGCGUCGUUCUAGACGACGGCACGGCGGCCACCGAGCCCAGUCUGCACGUCAGCACGAUGGAUUCGGUGAAGAUGGAGGGCGGGAUCUUCGGCGCGGUAGCCAAAAUGGAAGAUGUGAUUACCGCCGUGGAGAACUUUAAAUCUGUCACUGUGAAGAAGCUGGCUCCGCAGAUGACGGUAUAG